AAAACUGACUCUCGUGGGUGCUCCCUUGUUAGAAGCAGGAAUGGGAUGGAAAAUCCUUUUUUUAUAACGGUGUCGUGGAAGGCAGGGUUUAUUUUUGUAUACCUGAAUGAUAAAGAAACACGUGUGUGGAUUAUAGGUGAAAUCUGUCUGAAAAGGGAACCUACUUUAUAUGACGAAAUGAAUGGAUGCAUCAAAUGUUAAGGUCAGCUACGGGGAUCUCUGCCUGAGUAACAGGGUGGCAGCAUGGCUGGAGCGUUCCUAGAGGGAAAGGAUGCGCACUCCUUGCUCAAACGCUUCCCUCGGGCCAACGGCUUCAUGGAGGAGUUCCGCCAGGGGAACAUCGAGAGGGAGUGCGUGGAGGAGAGCUGCAGCUUCGAGGAGGCCAACGAGGUGUUUGAAAACAAAGAACGCACGAUGGAGUUCUGGAAGACCCGCAGCAUCUACACGGUGAGCAGCAACACAGAGGGUCGUUCGGAGCGCAGCGACACCGUCUACAUGGUGGCCCCCCUCCUGGGGGUAGCCCUCCUCAUCAUCAUCGCCCUCUUCCUCAUCUGGAGGUGCCAGCUGCAGAAGGCCACGCGCCGGCGCCCCGCCUACACCCAGAACCGCUACCUGGCCAAUCGCAACGCCCGCGGCCUCCCCCGCAUCCUGGUCCACAGGGACGCCCCCCCUCAGCCGGAGGGUGCCUACCCGGAGGUACCGCCUCGCCCCACAGUGGUGGUGAGCGGCGUGGAGAGAGGAGGGGGGUCGUUGGUGUGCGCCGCCCCCGACCCCCGUCCUCCCCAGCAGAACAGCAGGUCCCUGUACGUCCAGGAGCCGUCCGCGUCGGUGGCCUCGCGCCUUUCGGGCGCCACGCCUCCCCCGUCCUACGAGGAGGUGACGGGCCACCUGGAGAGCAGCAGCGACGAGGUCACAGCGCCCUACAGCGACCCACCGCCCAAGUACGAGGAGAUCGUCACGGAGAAGUGAGGUUCAAGGGAGGCGACCCCCCCCCCCCCUCCCCCCUGCCUCUCCCACUGCCUCUACCCCUGCCUCUGCUCCAAGCGUAUGUCUGACCUCUGGGGAACUGUGGCCCUGUGGGUUUAAAAGCAUUUCGCUGACUGUCGGCCGGCUGUACGAUCUGUGCUUCACAUGGGCCAUCUCCCACGUGUGUGUGUGUGUGGUGAUGAUGCAUCAGUGUGUCGUCUCCUCUGAAUGUGGCGUUCAGGGCCGUGCCACUGGGUAACCUGUAUACAUGUAGAAACCAGAUGGAUAUCUGGGCCGCUAGUCUUCACCAGCUGAAAACACGACCCCCGGAGCUGCCGCUGCCUGCCGCAGGCCCCUGCGCACCUCCUCCCCACCUCUGUCAGUGCCAGACACGGCCUUAUCACGACCAGAGAAGGAACGGAAAAAAGAAGGAUGAGAGGAUGAGAAGAUAAGAGAUCCAAUCAGAGACUUGGGUCCGGGCUAGCGUCGGGAUGAAACGGGAUGACAAAUAACGGGUCGUUUCUCAUAGUGUGGACAUUGGCUCGUUGUCGGGACUACUUUGUCAUGCGGGGGAAUAUCUCACAGAUGACGAGCUGAGAUGUGUCUCUCCUACGCAGAGGAAUCAAGAUAGGCUUCGACUGCAGACUUGUGUCUACUGCAGCCUGGCAUCCCCCUGGAACAGGAGAUCUAAUCUCGCCUGUUAAAUAUGAGAUAAGGGAACUCAACCUCCCUUUGAUCAAACGAUGGAUAGGUUUUGGUUUAUUUUUUCUUGUGUGCCAAAGGUAGAAAUGGAAUGAUGUAGUAAUGCAUAUUACUGGCCAGAUGUAAUCCCCUUAAGAAUAUGCCAGUGAGACACACACACAUACAUACACACCCAAACACAAAGCAACAC